AGAGAGAGAGAGAGCGCGCGCGCGAGAGUGCGUGCGGAGCAUCUGGGUAUUUUUUAAAUACCGUGUGGAGGAGCGCGACGCACGUUUUGUUCGCAGUUACCCGGCCGCGGUAGAUGUAAGUUCCCCCGUCCUGUGGGAGAAGCGGUAACUAAGAGGAGUACGUUCUCUGGCAGCAGGUAUUCAGUGUCUGCGAGGGAGGGAAAAAACAUGUCUGCCUCAGCGGCAAAAGUGAGUAAAAAGGAGCUGAACUCAAACCAUGACGGAGCGGACGAGAGCUCUGAAAAGGAGCAGCAGGAAGCAAUUGAACACAUCGAUGAAGUACAGAAUGAGAUUGACAGAUUGAAUGAACAGGCCAGCGAGGAAAUAUUAAAAGUAGAACAGAAGUACAAUAAACUACGCCAGCCGUUCUUCCAAAAGAGGUCAGAACUGAUCGCCAAAAUCCCAAACUUCUGGGUCACGACGUUCGUCAACCAUCCACAAGUUUCUGCUCUCCUUGGAGAAGAGGAUGAAGAAGCACUCCAUUACCUAACCAGGGUAGAAGUGACAGAGUUUGAAGACAUAAAGUCAGGUUACAGAAUAGAUUUUUACUUUGAUGAAAAUCCUUACUUUGAAAACAAAGUCCUUUCCAAAGAGUUCCACCUGAAUGAGAGUGGAGACCCGUCCUCAAAGUCCACAGAAAUCAAAUGGAAAACAGGGAAGGACCUCACGAAGCGUUCCAGUCAAACGCAGAACAAAGCUGGCAGGAAGAGGCAACACGAAGACCCAGAGAGUUUCUUUACCUGGUUCACGGAUCACUCCGAUGCGGGGGCUGAUGAGCUGGGGGAGGUCAUCAAGGACGACAUCUGGCCAAACCCUCUGCAGUACUACCUGGUUCCCGACAUGGAUGACGAAGAAGGAGAGGGGGAGGACGAUGACGACGAAGAGGAAGGCUUGGAAGACAUAGACGAGGAAGGAGAUGAAGAUGAAGGAGAGGAAGAUGAAGAGGAGGAUGACGGUGAGGAAGGAGAGGAGGAUGAUGGGGAAGAUGACUGAAAAAAAUUCUGCCCAUAUUUUUUCCCUACCGAUUAUUCACCGAUUCUUGGGAGCAAGAUGCUUUUCCCCCCCCUUCCGUCCCUCACCUCCCCUUCUCUUUUGCGGUCAGUCUCAUUGCUCAGAAGCGUCUGUCCGUGCCAUGUCUGAUUCAGCUUUAUUCCAAGACUGAACUGCAUCAGAAAAAUAGUAAUGAGUUUUUUUUACCAUGGCACGCUUUUCCUUGUGUACCGUCUUCAACUCCCAGAUGCAUCUGGGGAAAAGUAAAUAUGAAUAGAAAUACCACACCAUCUGAGCUACACUAAAAUUUCAUAUAUAAACGUUUUGUUUAGGGUUGUGAGAACUGAACAAAGUCCAGGAUGCAAUGAUGACCUGCUAGCUGUAGUUACUGCCCCUUUUAUUUUGUUCAAUGUGAUAUUUGCCCCCAAAGCUGAUUUAUUUUCUCUUCUUUCCCUUGUGGCUAAAUGGACACAGUUCCAGCUUGUUCCCAUCUCCUCUUGUAACAAAGUUUUUGGGGGGGGGGGGGGGGUGGCUUCGGGCAGUGGGGAGGGCUGGUUGAAGGCAUUUGGGGUGGUUUUGGGUGGUGGGGGGGUGGUUUGACAUCAACAGUGGGGGUGGGUUGUGUUCAGUUUUCAUUGUAUUGUUUUACAGACACCCAUUAAGUUUGAAAUGCAUUUUUAAUAAAAAAAAAAAAGAAACUUGUAAUUUUGAUCCCCAUCGCUUCAUGGAGUACUUUAAAAUGAAAAUAACCUGUAGAACCUCUCGUGGAAUCUACAUCUAAUUUUUCUUCCUUUUUCCACUGGAAAGAAAAUUUUAAACGUAAAGUGUACAAGUUGCUUUGUUACAAUAAAACUGAAUGUGUACA